ACACCAGCAGAGGGGUUCCUUUCUUCCCUGUCACGUGACAGAGGACCGUCUGUGGUUGGUGAUGUGACAGUGCUGCUAGCACUCGUUAGCUAAGUUUGUUGACUUUCGCAAUUACUCGCGCCUCCUGACCGUUGGGGGAAAGCUAGCAAAAAUGGACAACAGCGGGAAAGAAAAAGAAGCCGCGGCUUUAAUGGCGGAGGCGGAGAAGAAGUUAAAGUCUUCCCAGUCGUUUUUCGGCGCGUUGUUUGGCGGUUCCUCUAAGUCGGAAGAGGCCUGUGACAUGUAUGUGAGAGCAGCCAACAUGUACAAGAUGGCGAAGAACUGGUGUGGUAAGAAGGCCGACCUUUCCUCCUCAUUCACGACUGUAUUUAUGAUCACUGUUUUAACACCAAACCAUCUGCUCUCAGCUGCAGGAAAUGCGUUUUCCAAAGCUGCUCAUCUUCACCUGCAGAUGCAGAGCAAACACGAUGCAGCCACCAACCUGAUAGACGCUGGAAACUCCUUCAAAAAAGCAGAUCCACAAGAGGCUAUCAACUGCUUAAACCGAGCCAUCGAGAUUUACACAGAUAUGGGUCGUUUCACCAUCGCAGCGAAGCAUCACAUAUCCAUCGCAGAGAUUUACGAGACAGAGUUGGCGGACAUCGACAAGGCCAUUGCUCAUUUUGAACAAGCAGCAGAUUAUUAUAAAGGUGAAGAAUCCACCAGUUCGGCAAACAAGUGCCUUCUUAAAGUUGCGACCUAUGCAGCCCAGCUGGAGCAGUACCAGAAAGCAAUAGAGAUCUACGAACAGGUUGGAACUCAUGCGAUGGACAGUACGCUCCUGAAAUACAGCGCCAAGGAUCACUUCUUCAAGGCGGCGCUGUGUCACUUCUGUGUAGACAUGCUAAACGCAAAGCUUGCCGUGCAGAAGUAUGAAGAAAUGUUUCCAGCGUUUUCAGACUCCAGAGAGUGCAAGCUGUUGAAGAAACUUCUAGAUGCACAUGACGAGCAGAACGUGGAGGGAUACACUGACGCUGUAAAGGAAUAUGACACCAUUUCCCGUCUGGACCAGUGGCUCACCACCAUGCUGCUACGCAUCAAGAAGACCAUACAGGACGACGAGAGCGACCUCCGCUGACCUCACCAGCCGCCUCACAUCCUUCGAUUCCCGCUGCAUUCAUCGUUUUAUGUACUCUCUGUUUUCUGCAUUAUGUUUUUGUUGCCUUUUAUUCCACUCAGAACAAGUCUUUAUAUCAUGCGUGUGAACACUAUCUCCCUGGCUGCGCUCGGCACCCGGUGCUAGUUUUAGGUUUGGCGUUUUGGCCACAACAUUCAUGAUUGGGAUGCAAUAAUACCAGCAGACAUGAGUGAUGAAGAUUAAAACUUUAUUUCCGCUGUCGUGUGAUGAGUGAGAGAUCGCGGAUAACGGUGCGAUUGAAAUGUCCAGAAUAAACUAAACGAACCGAAAUGCAAUUUCUGCCUGCAGCGGUGAGAUUUGGAGUUUUAUUUUUCUCUUUUGGGGUCGAGUCGGGGCAUUUCUAAUUAAAAAGAGAGUCAGAGUUGUAACCCUCCUCUGCCUUAAGCUGCUCUCAGGAUGUGCACAGCCGGACGCUUCCAAAGGGCUGGGCGAUAGUUUUAUACAUUAAUCACACUUUUUCUUUAAAAAAUUUUUUUUUUUUUUUGCAUGAUCUGUUUUGUUUUUUUCCUUUUUCCACCAAUUCUCACUUUGUAGUUUAGAGCGUUGCACCAAGAACCGCCGUCUUGUUUUACAGCUUUUAUUUAUUUGGACAUUGAAUGCAGGUCAAAAAAUAACGGUCAGUGUGAGAAUAAAGCCGUAAUAUUUAAGACAUUUUUCUGGUAAAAUUUAAUUGUUAUUCAGCUAAUAUUAUGAGUAUAUUAUUGUAAUUAAACAAAACGUCUCAGUCUGGCCCUAAUCCUGCGCUGACUGGAGUACAAAAUAUUUUCAGUCUUUUUUUUUUUUUUUUUUUUGAAAAAAAGAAAGGGAUUUAAAAAAUUAUUAAAAUUGAAUCUGGUGUGAAAAAAAUCUGUCAUAAUAAAAUAUCUACAUGAGAAUAUUAUUGUAAUUAAUCUAAAUAUCUUGCAGCUUCUCCCUAAUAUUGAACUUAAAGAAGAGAUGACUAAAAUAAAAGUCUCCUCUUGAAAACAUUUUCUGUCAUUUGUAAAAAUAAAAUUUAAGGGAAAUCAAUUAAAGAAACUAUUAAAGUCGGAUAAAAUCUCCCAAUUAUGUUUAUAUUUUCAGAAUUAAAUAUCUAAACGACUACAUAUUUAGAAUUAAAGAUUUUUGAAGCUAUGUUAUAAUAUUUUGUUGCACAACUUAUUUAAAAGCCACUUUUAAAAAUAUUUUCUGUUAUUUUUAAUUUCUGUUUUUAAGGGGAAAAAAAUUAACAUCAGAUCUGGUAUGAA